AUGGAAAAAGAAAAUGAUUAUGUUGAAUAUAUACCAGUGGCGAAGCGUCGAGCAAUGGAAGCUCAGAAGAUUCUUCAACGAAAGGUAACGUCUUUAGAGCUUCAAUUGGAGUCAGACAUGUUAAAGUUGGCUGCUCAUGCAAACCCUAGUCCCUUUGUUAAAGCAGAGCCGAAAAAAUCAAAUUUUGUUGCUGAAGACAAACCAAGGAGACCUAGUCUCCUUGUUAAAUCAUUAGAGAUGAAGCAUAAGGCUCCCAAGAUUACUCCAAUCCAGCAUAUGACUCUGAAAGAGGGUAUUGUCCAGUCGACCUCCAUUGGUGUUGCGUCUACUGGCUCAAUAAAGGCAUUGGUUUUUGGGCUACCAUUGAUUAUGGUUGCAAUGCAAGAGGAAAUUCAAAUGCCAAUUGUUCCUCAUCAAGGGCCUUUUGGAUUGAUCAUUUGCCUAUCGAGAGAGCUCGCAAAGCAGAUUUAUGAAGUGAUGGAAGAGUAUAUGGUUCCUAUGAGACAUGUUGGAUAUCCAAAGAUAAGGCUUUUGCUUUGUAUUGAUGGUGUGGAUAUGUGUUUGCAAUUGGACAUUAUCAGGGAAGGUGUUCAUAUUGUUGUUGGUACUCCUGGGAGGUUGAAGGACAUGCUGGCAAAGAAAAAAAUCAAUCUCAAUAAUUGCACAUAUUUAACAUAUGCAUUCACAUGA